AUCUGUAGUUGUACAUUUCAAUAAUGGCCACGAGCUGCACGCUGGCUGCACUUUGUAAAGUAGAAUUUAAAAAACCUGCACUUUUUUUCUAGUUCCAAUCAAAACAGUGAAAAUGUAGCUUAAAAAAUUAUUCAAAAAUAAAGUGUAGUAAUUAGUUGCAAAAAGCCAAACAAUUCUUUUGUACAUACACAUGUAUGUAUUUCACAAGCUCGCUUGUUUGCUGUGUACGUGUGCGCGGUGCAUGUGUGUGCGUGUGCUUUUUGGAAUGUUGCUUUUCACGAAAUUCAAAUUGUGACCAUCCUUGAGAUUUUGUGAUAUAGACGAAGACCGAUAGAGAGAGAGAGGGGAGAAGACUAUUGAGUAUGCAAAAUAAAGCGAGUUAAACUAAAUCAAAUGGACGAGCACACAUUGAAUGACCUGUUGGAGUGUUCGGUGUGUCUAGAACGCUUAGACACCACCUCCAAAGUAUUGCCAUGCCAGCACACCUUUUGUCGCAAGUGCUUGCUGGAUAUCGUGGCCAGCCAGCACAAGCUGCGCUGUCCGGAAUGUCGUGUUUUGGUGAAUUGUCGCAUCGACGAGCUGCCGCCAAAUGUUUUGCUGAUGAGAAUUUUAGAAGGCAUGAAACAAAACGCUGGCAAAAGCGACACUAAAAGCGAAGAGUUGCCACUGCCAAAUGCUAAUAAAACACAACUGCAGCCGGAGUUGCCACCCACGCAAAUAACCCAACAGCAGCAGCAGCAACAACAACAGCAAAUAUCACAGCAGCAACAACAAGCCCAACAGGAAGCACUGCAAACGGCGCGCCAAAAGCAGCGACGCUAUCUAUUGCCACACGCCUAUGCGUUAUUCGAUUUCGCCAGUAACGAAGCCAGCGAUUUAAAGUUUAAGAAGGGCGAUUUAAUAUUGCUAAAGCAGCGUAUCGACAACAACUGGUUUGUGGGCCAGGCCAAUGGCCAGGAGGGCACAUUUCCUAUUAACUACGUCAAAGUAGCCGUCGCUCUGCCCAUGCCACAAUGCAUUGCCAUGUAUGACUUUAAGAUGGGCCCGAGCGAUGAGGAGGGCUGCUUGGAGUUUAAAAAGAGCACAGUUAUCCAUGUUCUUCGCCGUGUCGAUCAUAAUUGGGCCGAGGGACGCAUUGGACAAACAAUUGGCAUAUUUCCCAUUGCGUUCGUGGAGCUGAAUGCUGCUGCUAAAAAGCUGCUGGAUAGCGUUGGUUCUACCAAUCCACUGCCACAGGGGCCACCGGCGCAACUGAUGCAACAGCGCGCCCUGCCGCCGGUGCCGCUUAUCGAUCCCACCCACAACUCGAAUGACUCCAGCACAGGCUCCUCUAACAGCAAUUCCUCGAAUAACAACAGCAGCAGCAGCAACUCGAGCUCGACAUGCAGCUCCAACAAUUCCAGUCCUAAUCACCAGUCGCUGCCCAGUACGCCACAACAUGUCGCAGCCGCUGCUGCUGCUGCUGCUGCUGCAGUAGCUACCGGCGGCGGUUCGGUGCGUUAUCGUGACAAAGGCGCCAAGGAGAAACGCCACUCGCUAAAUGCUUUGCUACAGGCGGCGCCGCUAAGUUUGCUGCAAACGAAUCGCCACUCCGCUGAGAUAUUGAGUCUGCCGCACGAGCUGAGUCGCCUGGAGCUUAGUUCGCAGCAGGCCAAUGCAGCCAGCACAACAGCCAUAACGCAGCCGUCGCAGACAUCGCGGGUGCUGAAGACCCACGUGCAUCAACAACAAUUGCCGCCAACGCUGCCCUGGGGCUAUCUGGCGCUAUUCCCCUACAAGCCGCGUCAACCCGACGAACUGGAGUUGAAGAAAGGCUGCGUUUAUAUUGUCACCGAACGCUGUGUGGAUGGCUGGUACAAGGGCAAAAACUGGUUGGAUAUAACGGGCGUUUUUCCGGGCAACUAUCUGACGCCUUUGCGCACACGCGAUCAGCAGCAGCUGAUGCAUCAGUGGAAAUAUGUGACGCCCUCCACAGAUGUAAAUGCGACGCCGCCGGCGCAGUCGUUGGACGUGCGUCUGAGUAAUAUGCUGCCCACACAGCCACCAGACUUACCGCCACGGCAACAACAACAACAACAGCAACCCACGCAGUCAACCACCAGCUGUUCCGUGUGGACCAAGCCCGUGGAGGCGCUUUUCAGUCGCAAGUCCAGCGGCAGCACGGAUAGCAAACCGGACAAUGCUGGCAGCAGCUCCGGCGCUGUGGGGCUUAUGCGACGUUUGACGCACAUGAAAACACGCUCCAAAUCACCCGGUGCACCACUGCAGCAGCAACAGCCACAGGCGCCCAAAGACCCUACGAGCACAACAACGGAAGCCAGCGUUAAGGCGGCGCCAUUGCAUCCAGUGCAUGUCCGAUCCGGUUCAUGUCCAAGUCAGCUGCAGCAAAGUCAACCGCUGAAGGAAACAGUCGCAGCUUCAACACCUUCCACUGGUAGUUCCCAAUUUCAGCCGAACAGCAGCAUUUCCUAUGGGUCGCAGCGCAUCAAAAGCAACAAAGAACGACCACAUUUGCUAUGCGCUAGACAAUCCCUGGAUGCGGCCACAUUUCGCAGCAUGUACAAUGCUGUCUCGCCCCCGCCGCCCGCAUCAAGCCAUACGCAAGCCAAUGCGCAAACGCAGCUGCAUGCCAACAUGAUUAUAGCGCCCAAUCAUCGCAAGACUCAGAGCCUGGACGCGGGUCAUGUGCUCAGUGGCAGCAAUAGCAACCUGAACACUAAUAACAGCAUUAUAACCGAAGCGGCCAUUAAGGCCAGUGCCACCACAAAGUCGGUAUACUGCACGCGAGAGAGUCGCUUUCGUUGCAUUGUGCCCUAUCCGCCGAAUAGUGAAAUCGAGCUGGAAUUGCGACCAGGCGACAUUAUCUAUGUGCAGCGCAAGCAGAAGAAUGGAUGGUAUAAGGGCACACAUGCGCGCACUCAUAAAACUGGUUUAUUUCCAGCUUCCUUUGUGGAACCGGAUAUUUAGCUCAGUGCACAUUCCUUGAAGCAUUUGUGUUGAAAUUUCAAAUUCCAUACACAAACACACACACACACACACACACACACAUUUGUCAAAAUCCAUUUUUGUGAAUCGCCGGUCGAUUUGUGCUUCCUUCCACAAAUGUUUAUAACAAUCUCUUCCUCUUUACGAAAAAGAACUAUUCGAAUACAAAUGCUCGAUUAUGUAGUUUUUAUACGAUUUUUAAUCAAAUUAGGCUAGCCAAUAUAUUAAGCAAAAAGUAACAUUGUACUUAAGACAAAAAACAAAAUGUUUAAUUAGAUAGUGAAAUCGAAAUACGAAAAUUCGAAUCAACGAACCAACCUUUA